AUGUAUUAUCAGUCGAAACUCAAUCGCAUCUUCGAGACCACCAUAGACCAGGAGACUGAAAUCAUACUGGUUGCUCUACUACCCAAAGCAUCCCCCCUCCCCCACGGUAUGGCUUGUCACAACCCUAGUAUAACCACUCGAUUGCGCAGCGCUGUCGUCGAUUGGAACCAGCAUCUUCAAAGUAUCAAAGACCCAGACGACACCUUUCGCCAGGAGCGGGCUCGUAUAAGCGAUGUGUCAAAGAAAAGAAUCGAAGAGUACUAUCUCAAUACUCUGCAGCGCAAUGGCAAUGAAACUGAUAACGACGGCGUUGCCCUUCUUUUGCGAUCCCUCCUCUCCGACGGCCAGCAAAUAAAGGAACUUGAGACGGAGCACGAGAUUACCCGAGCCAAAAAGCAAGAACUACAGGACGAAGUAGCCGGGUCGGUAGGGAGGAGAAUUGUUACAGAUUUGAUCGCCAUCCUAGGCCUCCCUACUGUCCAGAGUCUCGUUUCUGCGGUACUUCCUCCACCACAAGGAGCUAUGUCGACAACAGAAGACUACGUCGAUGGCGCGAGCCUGCAAGCUCCUGAUGAUAUGAACGCACCACCAGUUACAGCUGGGCUUACCACACGUUCCCGGACCUACAGCGCAAGGAAUGGUAGAGUUCGUCGAAAGACGACUCCAUCGAUAGGCCCAUCCGUGACUGAGGGCGACAGCUCGCUCAAGAGAAAGCGACAAGCGGGUGAUUACGAUGAGCAGGAUAUAAAGCAGGAAAAGAAGACUCCCCGAGUUUCAACAAGACAAACGCCAUCCUUUGCUGGAAAGGAAAACUCGGACAGCGUAAGCUCAUUGGCGACACCUUGUACCAGAUCCGGGGAUUUACACCAACAUAGCAAUGAGACGACUGUCUCCUCCAGCAAGAAAGGGAUGAAGCUGCAAUUGAAGGACAUCAGACUCGAUGUCAACCGCCGCUCCGCUCGUGUCAUGCUUCAGAGACAUCCAUUCCGAACCGACCUGUGGGUUUGCCUAGUAUUCUUCCCGCCAGACCACGCCAGUGUGAGCCACGAUACUGUGGUCAACCAAUCGUUCAUGCCUACAUUCGUCCAGCUUGUGAACCGACGACGAACCGCAAAUGGCCCGGAGGGUCCAGCUGCCCUGGGAACUGUACCACCACCCGUUGAUGCUCAUACGGGCCUCAGCAGCGGCAGAGGGGGAGAGGAAAAGGCUGCCAAGAAGUUUGAAAACAAGAAAGGAUGA